AUGGCGAUGCCUAGCCUUGCCUAUCUUUCAAGGGAUUGGGAAUGUUCUGAAGAGAUCAGGGACCAUGUUCGGCGUUCGAAGUGCAUCUUAGACUGGGAUGAUGUGACGACCCAGAAGGUGAACAUCAAGAACGCUGAUCGCAAUUUCCAUGUUCUCAAACCACUGGCCAUUCGCCUUGUUGACAGCAAUGGGGAGGAGCAUCCAGUGGAGAGUGAAGAAGAAGAAGAAGCCGGUUCAGAAAAUGACCCAAAUCAGGAGGACGAGGAGAUAGAAGUUUCUGAUGAUGAAGAUGAAGGCUCAGAGUCCCAGGAUAGUAAGGCAGAGUCCACUGACACGGUUCCAGCUGAGGAUGGGGAUUUAAACCAGUUCUUUCGUGCGCAUACCAACCCAUUUGCCACGGAUGAUGAACUCCCGGAGAAAUCACGCAAGAAUCCCUUAGAUGAUGAGAACCCCAGUGAUGGCAAUGGAGGAACAAUCCAAGAAGAGGAAGACUUGAAAACCAUUCAGGAAGAGAGCACAUCGGACCCCAAUUCAAUGAGUGAUCAAAUCGAUGCCCUGCAAAAAAAGAUUUGGCAAGCCAAGAAGGAACUGAGGGCAAGAGAAUCGUUGACCACCACCACAGCCAGCAAAGCCAUGAGCAUCGACAAGACGAUCAUAAUCAAGGACUCCCUCCCGUAUGGCACGGACAAUAUGGACACCCAGAUCCACCCUCUUAUGGAUGAUCUUGCUGAUCAAUUUGAUGAAGAUGAACCCGUUUUAGCUUCGCCACCCAAAGCUCCCGUAGUUACCCGCCGAGAGCAGAUUGGGUUAAAGAAGGGCUUGGAGGAGGAAGAAGAAGCAGAAGCACAGGCUGAGAAGGGGGGUCCGAAGGGACGAGGAAAGGGCAGGGGAGGCAAAGGGAGAGGUCGAGGAAGAGGAAGCACCAAGACAGCCAAACCCAUGACAGCUUGUGGAAAGGAUGUCGUUCCCGGUGAUGAAGCAGAGAAAGGAGAAAUGGAAGGCAAAGGUGGAGAUGACGAUGAUGAGGAGAUGGAUGCAAAACCCAGCAGUAGCCAUGAGGACCCGCGCACAGCCAACAAGAGGAAACUCAGUAAAGAGGACAUGCCAAAGGAUUCCUCGCAGAGAAAGAAGAAAGCACCAGCACCCCCCCAGAAGAAUGAUGCAGAUGAAGACAAAAAGAUUGAAGGGAUGGAAGGUGAGGAAGGAGAGAAGAAUCCCUUAGACCUGGAGCAGAAGAUUGUAGACAGAAAGGGAGCUGAGAAGAACGACAAAGGUGCAAAGUCAGCCCCAAAGAAGACAGCUGCAAAGAAUGAGAAGCUUGAGACAGAAGACGAGAAAUUCACCAAGGAGCCAAAAAAGGCAAAGACAGACCAUGGCAAAAAGACUGCAAGCACUGGAGACCAGCAGGUCCAUCCGGGAAAUACAUCUGAAGAUCGCACCAAAAAGGUUGAAGCACAGAAUCUGAAGGGUGAUUGGGAAGCCUACUGGGAGGAGGAUUGGGCAGAGGAUUCAGGAACGCAGUGGGAGAAGGGUUCAAAGGCAUGGCAGGAUGGUCAAGCAGCUUGGGACCAGGAAUGGGAAGAGGAUUGGGAGGAUUGGGCCCAGCAGGAGGAAUGCCAUGAAGGCAAGAAGAACCAAGUUGAACAAGGAUUGGCAAAGGAUGGUCAGGAUCAAGAAGGUACCAAGAAGAAGGGAAAGGCUGUUGCAAAGAAGACUGAUGAGACGCGCCUUGGAACUGAAGACCAAAAGAUGAAGAAGACCCCAUCGGAAGAGACACCAGCCCGAGAGACUAAGAAGACGAGGACAAGGAAGCCCAAGGAAGAAGUUGCAGAAAAUGAGGAGCCUUGCAAGCCAAAGAAAGGGAAGGAGCAGAGCAAGAUCCCAAAGGUACCAAAAGUUGAGGAGAAAAAGAGUAAGAAAGCCACAGCGAAGAACCCAGAGGAAGAUGAAGAGACUGAGAAGAAGCCGGAUGAGCAUGAAGGCAAUGGUGCCAAGACGAAGAAAGCAAAACAUGUCAAAGCCAACCACCUAGAGACUGGUGGCAGUGCAGAGGCCAAGCCAAAGGGGCAAGGUAAGAAGCCAGAAAAGGCUGAGGAAGAAAAGAAGAAGAAGAAGACGGCGGACACUGAGGAUCCAGGCAAGAAGGUUCCAGAGAAGACCAACAAGAGACGAGCAACUGAGGAUGGGGAGGAAGGACAUGAACGUGCAAGGGCGGGAAGAACCAAGAGAGGUACAGAUGAGGAAGGGAAGCCAAAGACCAGACCAGCUUGCUUUGCCAGGAGGUAUUGCCCCAAGUCUAUCAAUGGAAAGGCCAAGUGGACGGCUUUGAGGGAUAUUUUUGAAGGGCGUAUCAAGCCUUACCUGACGACUUACUCGGCCCACGAGGAUUUCACUUAG